CUUCCAAGGCACGCCGGCGGCUGGGGUUUCUUCCUCUCAUCCACCGCCACCUGCGGGCUCGCCGUCGGUUAGACCCGAUCAGCGUGCAGGAUUGCUGUCGUCUACUGGCGAGGUGGUUGUGCCUUGCCCGCCGCGCCCUCGGCUGUCGAGUCUUUUUCCUGGGCGCACCGUCCUCCAGCAGCUCCGUCGCCUUUUCUACCACCGCGCGCCUCUGUCCGUUCGCCUUGAACCACCAAGGAAGUUCUGUGUCCUUUGCAAGCCUGCAAUACCCGUUGCAUUUUUGUUCAGCAUGGCCAGCAACUCCGGCUCUGAAGUUAAUCAAGGCCAGCUACCCAAGACAUCGUCCAGAUGCUUGACGGAGAGCUUCACCACGCAGCAUGAUUUCGAGGUGACCAGUUGCCGGUUGCUUGAUGGCAUCGGUGUCACCAAGUACGUUCUCUCAAGCCACUUCAGCGUCGCUGGCUUUGAAUGGUUUAUCAGUUUCUUCCCGGAUGGGUGGACUCUGGACUAUGCUGGCCAUGCGUCGGCCUUUCUGCAACGUGUCAUCCGAGCGAACGACACGCAUUGUGUGAGGACUAAGUUCACCUUAAACAAGCUGGAGAAAGACAGCGAAGCCCAAGUAACCACAUUCGAUGAGAUAGACCAUGUCUUUUGGGGGGCAAACCCAUUUAAUGGCCACGCAAAAUUCGUUGAGAAAUCGAAGCUGAAAUCAUUGUCGUGGUCCAACAAUGGCUACUUGAUUAUACGCUGUGUUCUCACCGUGAUAAAAGAAUCUCGCACGGAGGUUAAGAGGAACACUGUUGCGGUUCCGCAACCGAAUCUACAAGACCAGCUCCGGCAACUGCGGAAGGAUGGACAGGGAGCAGAUGUGACAUUCAGCGUGGGUGGCCAAUUAUUCAAAGCUCACGGAUGCUUGUUGGCUGCACGGUCUCUGGUUUUCAAGGCGGAGCUCUUUGGUCCGAUGAAGGAGAAAGAAACACAGUGCAUUAAAAUCGACGACAUCGACCCUGAAAUAUUUGAGGCGCUUCUCCACUUCAUAUACACAGAUUCCAUGCUAGUCGAUGAGCACUGCAAAGAAAGCAAACCUGCAAAACUGCAGCAUCUGCUAGUUGCCUCGGAUCGAUAUGGAUUGGAUAGGCUAAAGGUGAUGUGUGAAAGUAAAUUGUCUGAGUGCAUUGACGUAGAGACUGUUGCAACAACACUGGUUUUGGCAGAGCAACACCACUGCAAGGAUCUCAAAGAAGCUUGUGUUGAGUUUAUGGCUCCACGGAAUGUUCUGCAAGCUGCCAUGGCAACAGAUGGUUUCAAGCAUUUGGUAGCAAGCUGCCCUUUUGUCAUGAAGGAGUUAUUAGACAUGGUGUCCCGUAGUGGCUAGUCCCGUUAAGAGCUCAAAUUAUCAUAUGUGCAAAUAGUUAUGCAGACUGCUAUUUUCAAUCCAUGCUCAGUUACCUAUGACUUGUUAAUUACCAUGUUAGUGUGA